AUGAGUUCGUCAGAGGACGAUAUGCCCCUCGCGCGCGCGAAUGGCCGUGCUAAGUCUUCUCCGAAGUCUCCCGACGCUAAAAUGCCGAAGUCGAGCUCUCCAGUCACCAAUGGUCAUGUUGAUCCUGGUGUGUCUAUUCGAUUCGGUCCCGUGGAAGACAAAGAUGUGAAGAUGGAAGACGCGGAAACGGAUGUGCUUGGGGCUGCUAAGCGCAAAUCUCGCACAAGUAUCACCCAGCAAAAAUCUUACGCAGAGAGCAGUGAAGAAGAUGAACCUUUGAGCAAACGCCGGCGCACCUCUGUGAAACAUGAGGAUCCUGAGACGGAUGAAGAUGUCCCACUGGCCCGCAAUGGACGAAAGCUUCCGAAGGCCAACGAAACCGCCAUCGGAGAGGACUCCGACUCGGAUGUGCCGCUCGACAAGAAACUCACCGCCCAGAAGAAGAAGAUUGAAGCAACUGCGGCGAAGGAUGCGCGCAAACCCGCGGUGAAGAAGGAGACCAAGCCUGCGCCUAAGAAACAGGCCAACGGGGUCAAGAAGGAGCCCGCGACCAAAACGGCCGUCAAGAAGGAGCCUGAAGCCGCUGCAAAGAAGGGCAAGGCCAAGACUACUCCAGUGAAGGCAGAUAGUCAGGACGCCGAGGACAAUGACGAGGAGGAGGGAUACCGCUGGUGGGAGGACCAGAGCAAGGGUGACGGAACCAUCAAGUGGACCACUCUUGAACACAACGGUGUUGUGUUCCCUCCUGAGUAUGAAUUGCUUCCAAAGAACGUCAAGAUGAAGUAUGAUGGUGUUCCGGUCGUUCUCGAACCCGAGGCCGAAGAAGUUGCUGGCUUCUUCGGAACCAUGCUGAACUCGACUCACAAUGUGGAAAACCCUGUCUUUCAGAAGAACUUCUUCUCCGACUUCAAGGAUGUCAUAAAGAAGACCGGUGGAGCAAAGGACAUUAACGGCAACAAGAUCGAUAUUAAGGAGUUCAGCAAGUGCGACUUCAAGCCCAUCUUCGAAUUCUAUGACGCCCAGCGUGAGGAGAAGCGGAACCUGCCACCAGCAGAGAAGAAGCGCCUCAAGGCUGAAAAGGAUGAACAAGAAGCUGCGUACCAGUACUGUAUUUGGGAUGGUCGCAAGCAAAAGGUGGGCAAUUUCCGUGUGGAACCGCCUUCUUUGUUCCGAGGCCGUGGCGAGCACCCCAAGACCGGUCGCGUCAAGACUCGUGUGCAACCUGAGCAGAUCACAAUCAACAUUGGCAAGGAUGCGAAGGUUCCUCCCCCACCUGAGGGUCACCAAUGGAAGGAAGUGAAGCACGACCAGGAAGGCACGUGGCUUGCCAUGUGGCAGGAAAACAUCAAUGGCAAUUACAAGUAUGUCAUGCUGGCCGCCAACUCUGAUGUCAAGGGACAAAGUGACUACAAGAAGUUCGAGAAAGCCCGUGAACUCAAGAAACACAUUGAGAAGAUCCGCAAGGACUACGAAAAGAACCUGAAGCACGACAUGAUGGUGGAGCGUCAAAAGGCCACGGCAGUCUAUCUCAUUGAUCAGUUUGCUCUGCGUGCUGGAAACGAGAAGGGCGAGGACGAGGCUGAAACUGUCGGCUGCUGUUCUCUCAAAUAUGAGAAUGUUACGCUGAAGCCCCCACAGACCGUUGUCUUCGACUUCUUGGGUAAAGAUAGUAUUCGGUUCUACGAUGAAGUCAAGGUCGACCUGCAAGUCUUCAAGAACCUGAAGAUCUUCAAGAAAGCCCCGAAGAAGAACGGUGACGAAAUUUUCGAUCGCUUGACGACCUCUGCUCUUAACAAGCAUCUUCAGAACUACAUGCCUGGUUUGACUGCUAAGGUCUUCCGUACCUACAACGCAUCCUACACAAUGGGCUCUGUGCUCAAGGAAAUCAAGACGACUGGUAGCACUAUUGCCGAGAAGGUGAAGGCGUAUAAUGACGCCAACCGCAAGGUUGCCAUCUUGUGUAACCACAAGCGAACAGUCACCGCCGGCCAUGCUAACGCAAUGGAAAAGAUGGGCGAACGGAUCAAGGGGCUCCGCUAUCAGAAGUGGCGUCUGAAGCAGCAAAUGCUCGACUUGGACCCAACUCUGAAGAAGAAGAAGGGCGCUGCCUUCUUCGAAAUUGACGAAGAUCUCGACCAAGAGUGGAUCAAUGAACACCAAGCUUUCCUGAUGGAAGAGCAGACCACGAAAAUCAAGAAGAAGUUCGAGAAAGAUAAUGAGAAGCGCGUUGCCGACGGCGAGAAAGAAAUGAAGGCAACAGAGCUCGAGGAACGUCUGCAGGCCGUCAAGGAGAUGGAAAAGAAGUUCAAGAAAGAGAACAAGACAGGCAAGGUCGAGGCCGAAGCCCGGGGUGCCACCGUCGAAAAGCUUGAAGCUGCGAUCGCCAAGAUCGACCAACGUGUUGAGACCAUGUCUGUCCAAGCCCAGGACAAGGAAGAUAACAAGGAGGUUGCCUUGGGUACCUCUAAGAUUAACUAUAUCGACCCUCGCCUAACGGUCGUCUUCAGCAAGAAGUUCAAUGUCCCCAUUGAGAAAUUUUUCUCCAAGGCCCUGCGCGAGAAGUUCGAGUGGGCCAUCAAGUCUGUCGAGGAAGACUGGGAAUUCUAA